CUCUGAGCGAGCAAGGAAGUGUGAUCUCCACAAAAUAUUAUCAAAAUGUCAAACCCAACACCUGUCAACAAGCCUGGAAAUCCUGAAAAUCCUCGAGUUUUCUUUGAUGUAGAUAUUGGUGGUGAACGAGUUGGCCGCAUUGUCUUCGAGGUCUUCGCUGAUGUCGUACCCAAGACCGCGGAAAAUUUCCGUGCUCUGUGUACCGGCGAGAAGGGUGUCGGUCAAAGCACUGGCAAGCCGUUACACUUCAAAGGAUGCCCUUUCCACCGAAUCAUUAAAAAGUUCAUGGUUCAGGGAGGAGAUUUCUCCAAUCAGAAUGGCACUGGAGGCGAGAGUAUCUAUGGGGACAAGUUCCAGGACGAGAACUUCCACUACAAGCAUGACAAGGAGGGUCUUCUCAGCAUGGCCAAUGCUGGGCCCAACACUAACGGCUCUCAGUUCUUCAUCACCACUGUGCCUACCCCUCACCUGGACAGCAAACACGUUGUGUUUGGACAGGUGCUUAAAGGAAUGGGGGUGGUCAAGAUGCUUGAAAAUGUUGAAACAAAAGAUGAUGCACCUGUGAAGCCUUGCAUCAUUGCAGACUGUGGGGAACACAAGGCAGGAGAUGACUGGGGUGUAGCUCCAAAUGACGGUUCAGGAGAUGCACACCCGGACUUCCCGGAGGACUCGGAUGUGGACUUCAAAGAUGUCGAUAAAGUUUUGGCUGUAGCUGAAGAUGUGAAAAAUAUCGGAAAUAACUUUUUCAAGAGUCAGAACUGGCAGUCGGCUGUUAAGAAGUACUCUAAAGCACUCAGGUAUUUGGAGGUGUGUGGCGACACGGUGGAUGACGAGAGUGCUCAGAAGAAGCUGGAGCCCACUGCCCUGAGCUGCAUUCUCAACACAGCUGCAUGCAAGCUUAAAAUGCAACUGUGGCAAGAGGCUAUAGACAGCUGUGACGAGGCACUGGAACUAAACAACACAAAUACCAAAGCGCUUUUUAGGAGAGCUCAAGCAUGGCAGGGACUGAAGGAGUUCAACAAGGCAAUGAUUGAUCUUAAGAAAGCACAGGAAAUUGCACCAGAUGAUAAAGCGAUUGGAAACGAAAUGCAAAGAGUCAAGCAGAAAGUAAAGGAGGAAAAGGAGAAAGAGAAAAAGAUUUACGCCAAAAUGUUUGCAUAAAAAAAGAAAAAAAUGUCAACACAUCUACCUACCUGUACACCCAUCUACCUUCAAGUGUUCACACACAUUUAUUCAGCACUUCAAAAAUUCAGUUCUUGAGUCCUCAUUCACAGUUUUGAUGUAAGGCAAACCAAUGCACCUAUAUUAUGUGAUAUGACAUGCAGUCUA